AUGACUGCCGUGCCGGAAGUCUCAGCUACCAUCAACGACCUCCUGGCUCAACAGCAGGUGUUGAUGCACUCCAUCACACGAGCGCUCGAUAACUUCAAAAAACUCGGAAGGAAUAAUUACACCGCUGCAAAGGUCCGAGCGCGAAUCGCUAGCUCCAAAAAAGUCUGGACGCAAUGCGUUCGCGUGCACUCGGCCCUCUUGCAAGUUAUUCCGGAAGCGAAGAGAAGCACGUUCGACUAUUUUCAAAGCGAACUGUUCGAUCAGGCCGAGGACAUCCACUUGACGACGUUGGAUUACAUGGCCGAAUCUCUGGAGGCACUCGCGCCAACGCCGCCGCCUCUGACAGCGAACCAGGCUCCGGGCGCCGCGUGCAGUCAUGGGCCGCCUGCCUCCUCAUUCUCACUGGCGCAUCUGCCGCCCAUCAACAUUCCGCCAUUCUCAGGGAAAUAUGAAGAAUGGGAGACGUUCCGCGAUCGCUUUACGUCCCUCAUCAUUAAAAAUCCCGAACUUUCUGCAUUCGCGCGAAUGCAUUUUCUCUCAUCAAGCCUCGCCGGGCGGGCGCUUGAAUCUAUUCGAAGCAUCCCAGUAACCGCGGAUAACUUUGAACUUGCGUGGAAGGCCCUUGAGUCGAGGUACGAAAAUAAGCGCCGAUUAGUCGAGAUGCAUGUAUCCGCGUUAUAUAAUCUGCCGAGCGUUUCCCGCGAAUCAGCGAGCGAACUCAGCGAGCUUCGGGAUAAAGCAAAUCGCGCAAUCACGUCGCUGAAGAAUUUAGAUCGAUCCGAAUCCGACAUUCUCAGCGACAUGCUGAUGUAUAGCGUCACGCAAAAGCUUGAUCCCGCCACUAGGAAAGCGUGGAAACUGAAAGGCGGGGAUGACGCGCGAAUCCCAACGUUCAGCGAACUCGACCGAUUCCUCGAUUCUCGUGCUCGCGCGUUCGAAGAAUUGCAUCCCGCGAAUGUAGACAAACAAGCUCGCGCGCAGAAGGCGACCAGCGCUACAGCAUCGGGAGCUUCUUCAAUUUCGUGUCCGCUUUGUAAAGCAUCUCACUUUCUACACAAAUGUCAAGUCUUUCUGAAGAAGAAUCCGAGUCAACGAUUGGAAGCUGUGAAAAAGGCGAAUCGCUGUGUAAAUUGCCUAAGCGACAAACACGCCGUACAGCUAUGUCAAAGCAAAUAUUCGUGCCGAACAUGUCGCAAAAGACAUCAUUCGAUGUUGUACGUCGACUCGGACCCUUCUUCCACGAAAGAUACCUUUACCGCGAAAGAUACGCCUGCCGCGGAAACUACUUCUGUCGCGACCGCAUCGAUCCACGAUGCCGCGCCCAUCACGACAUUAUUCUCGAGCGCGAAAGUGUCGUCGAUGCCUCCCGUGUUGCUCGCGACGGCAAGGGUAAGAGUCGGGUUCCCCUCCGAAUCUCCGAACGGUCGCACUCGCGUCGUUCGAGCGCUUCUCGAUCAAGGAUCAGAAAUGACCUUUAUCACCGAACGAUUGAGGCAAGGCUUAAGAUUGCGUCGCGUUAGAAUGCCCGUCUCGAUCUCCGCAAUCGGAGGCGUCGACGCCGGAACAUGUCGAUACGCGGCCGAAAUUCAGAUCUCGCCGAUCGGCCAAACUUCCCUCGCGUUCAAGACCACUGCGUCUGUCAUGACAAGCUUAACGAAAUACACUCCGUCGCCCGUAACGUCGCCCGUCCAAUGGAGCCAUGUAGCCGAUCUCGCGCUCGCGGAUCCGGAUCCUACGAACUCGGACCCCAUUGACAUACUCAUCGGUGCCGACCUGUACGGCGAUUUGCUGCUCGACGGCAUUCGAAAGGGCUCCCGCGGUCAACCCCUCGCGCAGAAUACCGUUCUCGGUUGGGUGCUGUCCGGCCCCGCGGCUGACCCACAAGCUCGUCCUCGAACAGUCACGGCUCAGCACUGUUCUAAUACCCCGUCUCUCGACGAGGAACUCCGACGCUUCUGGGAAAUCGAAGAAAUCCCUCGCGUCAUUCCACUGAGUCCAGAGGAGCAACAAUGCGAAGAUCACUUCCUCGCCACUCAUUGGCGACGCUCCGACGGACGAUACGUGAUUCGCUUUCCGUUCAAAACCGGUCCCCCAAUCGAGAUCGGUAAUUCUUAUCACUCAGCCGAGCGACAGUUGAGAGGUCUUGAACGGAGACUAAACGCCGAUGAGAGAGUAGCGACGGAAUAUCGCGCCUUUAUGGAGGAGUACGAGCGACUCGGGCAUAUGAAACGUGUACCGCACGACGCAGACACGUCGUCUCAACGCGUUUACAUUCCGCAUCACCCCGUGAUUCGCGAAAGUAGCACCACCACUCGGCUACGGGUCGUUUUUAAUGCGUCGAAUCCGACGAGCAACGGCACGUCGCUGAAUGACCACUUGCUAACCGGGCAAAAGUUGCAGACCGACUUAGCUGCCAUUCUACUAAGAUGGAUGCUACCUCGAUACGUGUACUCCGCCGACAUUACAAAAAUGUAUCGUCAAAUCGAAAUUGAUCCUCGUGACGUCAACUAUCAACGAAUCCUAUGGUUCGAUCGCGAAUCUCGAACCAUCAUCGCGUUCAUUCUGUUAGUCCUAACGUACGGAACGGUUAACGCUCCUCAUGAUGCGCUUCGCGUUCUGGAACAACUAGUUCGGGACGAGGGAGGCUCAUUUCCGUUGGCGGUUCCGGUGAUUCGAAAGGGCCGGUAUAUAGACGACUUUCUCUUCGGAGCGGACGACAUACUGCUACUUCGUCAGACGCGCGAUCAAGUAUGCGCGUUACUAAGUCGGGGGCGGUUCGAAUUACGUAAGUGGGCAAGCAACUCUCCGCAACUUCUGGCCGACAUUGACGUCGAAAAUCACGGAUUAGCGUGUUCGAAAACAUUGCAAGCCGAUGAGCAACUGAAAGUGCUCGGAAUAAGCUGGAAGCCUGCCCUCGACGUGUUCCAAUUCGACGUUUCGCUCCCUCCGUCCAUUCCAAAGACCAAAAGAUCCAUUCUAUCCUUGGUAGCGAAAAUCUUUGAUCCGCUAGGGUGGGUCACGCCCGUGACAGUAAACGCAAAGAUCUUUUUGCAACAACUCUGGCAGGCAAAAGUGGACUGGGACGAAGCCAUCGCGGACGAUCUUCUCGCGCAGUGGAAGACGACUCACGCAUCCCUGGCGACGAUCAAUGGUCUUCACGUAGACCGUUGGGUACGAUACGGUUCCGACACGGCGAACUGCGAACUUCACGGCUUCUGCGAUGCCUCCACCACCGCGUUCGCGGCCGCAGUUUAUAUUCGCAUCACCUCCGUUACAGGCGAGACCACUUCCAGGCUGCUCAUCGCCAAGUCAAAAGUCGCUCCGAUCAAAUCUUUAAGUAUUCCUCGGUUGGAAUUAUCUGCUGCCGUUCUAUUGGCUCGGUUGUUAGAAUUCGUGCGAUCAUCGCUACAACUGACUACCUUGCUUCUGCUGGACGGACGCCCUCGUCGUGCUAGCAUGGGUGACUCAGCACCCUUCAAAGUGGAAAACUUUCGUUGCUAA